GGUCUCUCUCUCCCUUUCUCUCCCCUCUGAGGCGCACUUCCUCUCUUGUUUAUUUACUAUUUUUCACAGAAGAUUGAGAAGAAGACAGAAUGUUAUAGCUCACCAGAGGCAGCCCCCAAUUGAAACCCCUGCUUUCUUCACCAUCCUCCACCUUGCCCACAACACACUCUCCUUCUUGCUCCAACCAGUUUUUCCAUUUCCCAUCUUGCCUUCCUGGACAAAAUGAUAGCUCUCUACAAGCUCGAAGCUCGUGGCAUGGUGUAGUUUACCUCUAUCUCAAACCCCGCCUUCCAUUCUCCUGCUCUCUCCCUCUCUCGCUUUUACUUUCCUUCGUUCUUUUCUUUACUUUCCUUUUAUCUCUCUCAUUGUCUGUCGGCAACUUCCUCUGCUGGAGGAUGGCCUGCCGGAUGCUGAUCGCCGGGAACUUGGAUCCAGAGAGAAAGAGGUGUGGCGGCUUGAGGACUAAACAAGCGGGCAGAGGAUCGUGCCGCGGCAGUUAGGAUUCCCAACCUGCAACUCCCCGGGAAAUGCAUGGUUUCCGGCUUUGACCUUCCCUUUUUCUGUUGAUAUUCCAUUUGUUCGGAAGCUUUUUCGUCGUUUUUGAAUCCCGUCGUUGAAAAGAUGGGCCUUUUGUUGAAAGAAGUUCUCAAGAGUCUCUGCAGUCGGAAUCGAUGGUCUUACGCUGUCUUCUGGAAGAUCGGCCGCCAUAAUCCCAACUAGCAAGAGAUUAAUCUGCUGGCCUAUCUUUGUCAAGAUGAAAUACGAUGCGUCACGGGAUAUAUUUUGCGGUUUUAUUGAGAAAAAUAUUGCUGUUAAUUUGGGAAGAUUGCUAUUAUGAACCCUUGCCAUAUCAAUUUCCUAGGCGCAUCGCCCGAACAGAGACUUCUAAUUUGCCUUUUGGGAGUGGGGAAGGCUUCUGGCGUUCCUCUGAUGCUCCUUCUUAUAUUGGAACCCAAGAAGAGGACAGCGUCUGCGCUUUGAUCAACAAAAUGAUGGCGAACAAUUCGGUCAAUGUCAUGGGUGAAGGGAUCAUUGGACGGGCUGCAUUUACAGGAAACCAUCAGUGGAUUCAUUUGAACAAUUUUAGAAGAGAAACCUAUCCAUUGGAGGUGUGCAAUGAGGUGCAUCUCCAGUUUCUAGCUGGAAUGAAGACCGUAGCAGUUAUUCCUGUGCUUCCCUAUGGGGUUGUUCAGCUUGGUUCUUUCUUGCCAAUAACAGAGAACAUGGGAUUAGUGAAUGAAGUGAAGAGCUUUACUAUGCAAUUUGGGUUUGUCACUGAUGCUCUUUCAUCUGAAGACUUUUCGGCAAAAGCUUCUAUUGAAAAAUUUGGUAAUCCUGUUACUGUUGGGGUGCCAGUGUCUGUUGAUCAACCAGUAAUUACCUCCUGUCCCACACCCUCAGAAACUUAUGUCUCCAACCAAGAAAUCAAUUUGUCUCAUACUUCAAGGCCUAUUGUUCAACCAGCUCAUCCUCGUAGGGGAGAGAUAAAUAACCACCAGUGUUCUGUAUUGACACAUCAAACCCCUAACAUUACUCAUGCAUUAUCCAAUUACCAUGGUAAUCUUUGUGAAACUUCAGCAAUGCCAAUGAUGAAUCCAAGUUUUGAUUUUCAGCCUGAGAAUUUAGUUGUGGAGGCAGAGGGGAUGCCUUUGAAUCUUGACUCAUGUCUGCAACAACAUACUGCCUCAUUGGAUGCUAGGUCUGCACUUAUUCACAGUCACAGCACUGUUAGUUCUUCAUCAAUUCAUUGUGGAACGAGCAGACUUUUGAGGCCAAAUCUCAUUGCCAGCUCUGCUUCUAAUCCUUCUAAAGUUGCCACAGCUGAUUUUUGUGAAAUCAGGAAAGCUGGGACUGGGCUUCAAAAUGAUGGUUUAACUAAUGGAGGGGGCUACCCUCUACCUAACUUGACCAGUCAAUUUGGUACUUGUCCCUGGUCUCUAGAAGAUUCUGAUCAGAAGAAUAUUCCUGAAGAUUUAAAGCAUGUUCAUGAUAAAUCAGCUCUAACGGGCCAAAGGAUGGAUGAUGAUCAGCUGUAUGGCAUUAAGAUCCCAUCUUUUCAUCUUGAGGAGCAGCAGGUGUCUAUGAAACAUCACUUCUCUCCUUGUCUUCCACCUCCAUCAAGUGAUGACCUAUUUGAUGUUUUAGGCGUGGAUCUUAAAAACAAACUUCUGAAUGAAAACUGGAAUAAGUUGCUUGCCAAAGAAUCAAAUGCUGGUACUGAAAUUCUGGAUAACAAGGCAGCACGUUUGAGUGUGCUAGAUGUGGAUCCUGAUGUUUGUUCAAUCAAAGAGGCCAUUUCAAACAGCGGUGUCUUCUCUGAGAGGGGAAAUGACCAUCUCCUGGAUGCUGUGGUCUCAAGAGCGAAGUCUCUUGGGAACCAGGAUUCUGAUGAUAUGUCUUGCUGGACAACAUUGACGGGGACUAGUAAUGCUUCUGUACCCUCUCCUGCCUAUUGUAAGGUUAUAUCUGAUCAUACUAGGGGUGAAUUCUUUGGUUUUCCUAAAGAUUUGGGUAAAGCAGGUGCCGCAGAAGCUAGUUCUCUUAGGUCUGGAUGUAGCAGGGAUGAUGUUCGAAACUGUUCUCAAGCUAAUUCCAUUUAUGGAUCUCAACUGAGCUCAUGGGUUGAGGAUGCUACAAAUGUAAAGCGUGAAAAUAGUGUCUCAACUGGAUACUCUAAGCAGCCUGAUGAAGUUUGUAAAUCAAAUCGUAAAAGACUUAAGCCUGGGGAGAACCCUAGACCUCGUCCUAAAGAUCGCCAAAUGAUUCAAGAUCGUGUGAAAGAGCUACGGGAAAUUGUGCCAAAUGGAACCAAAUGUAGCAUAGAUGCACUUCUUGAACGUACUAUCAAGCACAUGCUUUUCUUGCAAAGUGUGACAAAGCAUGCUGACAAGCUAAAACAAACACGGGAAUCUAAGAUUAUGAGUAAGGAAGGUGGACUGCUUUUAGAAGAUAAUUUUGAGGGAGGUGCUACAUGGGCAUAUGUGAUUGGCUCACAAUCAAUGGUUUGCCCCAUCAUAGUUGAGGAUCUGAAUCCCCCUCGUCAGAUGCUAGUGGAGAUGCUUUGUGAAGAACGAGGUUUCUUUCUGGAAAUAGCUGACUUAAUCAGAGGAUUGGGGUUGACCAUCUUGAAGGGGGUGAUGGAAGCCCGAAAUGACAAGGUCUGGGCAUGCUUUGCUGUAGAGGCAAAUCGGGACGUAACAAGGAUGGAGAUAUUUAUGUCACUGGUUCAUCUUUUGGAGCAGACGGGGAAGGGCAGUGCAUCUAUAUCAAACCCUAUGUAUCACUCCUUCCCUCAAGCCGCCAGAUAGCAGCAGCUGGCGGACCUAGUAGUUUGCAGUGAAUCGCCUGCACUCUGUUUUCUUGCUCUGGAUGUGUUGAGAGCAACUAUGCUUGCCGUGAUUAACAUCCAAUCCAGUCUGAAGACUCCAGGCGGACUUAACUUUGUCUAACUGUCAUCUUUCCUCAUUUUGGAGGUGAAUGUGUUUAGUUCCUAAAGAACACCUCAAGAUAAGUGGUAUUUCCACUGUUGCUAACUGGCGUCCGCCAUGGUAACUUGUCAUGUGUUGACUGUCUCCCCCAGUGCUGCUAUUAGUGUGACUCUUGAGAUGACUUGUAUGGCUGUAACCAAUUUUUAUGGGGAAGCUUAUUGGUGGGUGGUGUUAUUCACGUGUAUAGAUAGAUAUUCUAGGUUGUGUAAGGGAAUCAUAUUUACUAGCAACGCUAGGAACUUUCUGCUUGAUUUAUUGGCGUGGUGUUUUUUGAUGUGUUAGAUAAAACCCGUGUUAAUAUCAAAACCAUUUGUGGCUUGUAUCCUCUAAAUACCAAACCCGUGCUGCUGUUUGUGAACAACCAUCAAAUUGUUUUUUGUACUUGGGCAACCUCAGUUUGGGUAAUUACUCACGGCUUUUCUAAGAUUCAGAUCAAACUGUGAGCUUACUGA